AUGGCACCACCUGUAAAAUCCGCGGCGGAAGCAACACAGAACGAUGAUGCGGCCAUCAAAAAUUUGCAGCGGGAGAUUCUUCCAUCGAAUAACUUGUGGAUCGGUAAUUUGUCACCAAAUGUGACAGAUUUAGAAUUAAAACAUCUGUUUGCCGCUCAUGGAGAAGUGAUCGGCAUUAAUUUAUUCCCUCUCCGUCGUUAUGCCUUUGUUCACUUCAAGGAAACCGAGGGCGCGAACUUGGCGAGGCAUGGUCUGCAAGGCUAUGUUCUUCACGGGAAGCCUCUCGUGAUUAAUUUCGCUAAACUGGCUAAACCGUCCAAUAUCUUAUGGGUGGGUGGAAUCAACCAAUGUGUUAGCAAAGAAGAAUUACAGAAAGAGUUCGUCAAGUUCGGCCAAAUCAAAAAACUUAGAUAUCUCAGGGACCAACAUAUCGCAUACAUUUAUUACAUGAGCGUAGAAGAAGCUGAUGAAGCACUGAAAAGUAUGAAUGGGAAACCAAUUGGUGGUGAUAAAAUACACGUGGAUUUUCUCAGGUCACAGUCUCCGAGAGAAUCAGAGCAGGGUGCAGGUCCAAGGGAAGUACAGCUUCGCCAAAGGAACUUGGUGCCUUCUGGGAUUCAGUGGACGGCAGAACAUUCCUUGACAAAUUAUCCAGACUCCAGUCUUGCUGGGGCUAAAAACCAAAAUCAAUCCCUUCACAUAGGCUCUCAAGAAGGUGGCUCACAGUGUAGUAAAGUGUUACUGAUAAGAUAUCCUCCUCCUCUUGUCAUAGAAAAACACAUGCUUCAUGGUGCAUUGUCCCAGUUUGGAGAAAUUAAGAGGAUCAAUACGUCAACAGACAUGCAUUUUGCUUUGGUGGAAUUCAGAACAGAGGAAGAAGCUUCAUGUGCUAGAGAGUGUUUACAAGGGAAACUUUUUAAUGAUCCAAGGAUUUCAAUUGAGUUCUCCAGUAGUGAGCCUGGCCGGAGAGCACGGUUAAGUGAAUGUCCAUAUCCACCCGUUCAGACGGACAUGCUAGACCUUGACCGCCCAGUUUUAGCAUCGUUUGGACCUCAUCGUCCUGAUGUAGUCACGAGACCAAUCACCGCUCCGCGUGUUACGUUUGGACCGGUGGUUCCAGGCCCCGGUCACCAAACUCCUGCUGGAGAUCCAAAUUUGAGAAGGCUAUCAUCUGCACCUGGAAUGAUCUCUUUUUCUUCUCCAGGUUUUAGUUUUCCGGACAAACGUGUAUCUGGUGCUUGGGAUGGUUUUCAUUCUAACGAGCUUCACAGAGAGUCUAAAAGAUCAAGAUUUGAUGCUCCUUUGUCUGCUGAGAUAAUGAAAACUGAAGGUGAGAAUUAUCUUACCACACUAAGCGUCACAACCGGUGCAGUCGGGCAUCAUAGUGAUUGCAUAUGGAGGGGCAUUGUUGCAAAGGGUGGAUUGCCUGUUUGUCGUGCUCGCUGUGUUGCUAUAGGAGAACGGAUAGAUACACAUCUGCCUAAUGUAGUUAAUUGCUCUGGACGGAUCAGACUGGAUGUGUUGAGUAAAAAAUACGCUAGUGCUAUUGGGUUCAAUCUACUUCUGUUCUUGCCUGAUAGUGAAGAGGAUUUUGCUUCAUACACGGAGUUCCUGAGCUAUCUGAUUGCCAAAGACCGGGCUGGAGUGGUAAAGUUAGAUGAUGGUACCAUGUUGUUUUUGGUCCCUCCAUCUAAUUUUCUAUCGAAGGUUCUUGAUGCUUCUGCACCCUUACGCCUGCACGGAUUAGUGCUAAAGUUUUCUGAACCAGCGUCCAACAGCAGAUCCAUGAGUGCAUUGCCAAUUCAGCCUCAGUAUGGGGACACACACAAAGAGACUUACUUGCAAACAGGAUAUAAUGUUGUGUAUCCGGAACAAAGGCCAUUGCCGGUUACUUAUUCUGGGGUUUUGCCCAAGGUUUCAAUAUCACCACCAGAAGCGCCUCGUCUUCUAAGUAGCUCUUUACAGGGGCACUCCGUUCCACCACCUGAUGUUAACAUUUUUGGGGGUGAGGCAAUACAUCAUCAUGGAACUGAUGCUUCAAAGUUUGCUAGUUCAUCGAAUAUCCAGCAAGAAGCAUGUCGUGUGCCAUUAGCCAAUCAGUCUAAUGUCAAUGAUGUGUCUAAACCGUUGCCUUCUGAAGUGGAGUGCAAACAUCAGAAUCAACAGUUUCAGACUGCUGUAAAUCGGGAAGUCCAUGAAAGAACUGAAAUUGAGGCUGAGAAAAAUGAGCGGUAUAGGAAACUAUUGUCGUUUGCAGCCAAUCUCCUUUCCCGAGUACGCCAACAACGUGACAGUCCACCCGAGAAUGGUACGAGAGUCGAUGAAAGUGCACCCUCAUCAGGCAACUAG